GCACCUGACCCUCAGGUCCACACGCACGCCGGGUGCAAUGAUGCUUACCUUCGCCGUGCGCCGGCGAGAGCCAGUCCUCGUCGUCCCGGCCUCACCGACACCCCAGGAAACAAAGCGCCUCUCCGACAUCGACAGUAAGGAGUCUCUGCGGGUGCUCAUGCCCGGCGUCUUCGUCCACCGCGGCGGCCCGGCGCGCGGCGACGACGACCCGGUGGACGUCAUCGCCCGAGCGCUGUCGGAGGCGCUGGUGCACUACUACCCCCUCGCCGGGCGCUUCAGGGAGGUGGAAGGUGGCAAGCUGGUCGUGGACUGCACCGGCCAGGGCGUGCUGUUCGCGGAGGCCGACGCCGACGUGCGGCUGGCCGAGCUCGAGGAGGCUGCCGGUGGUGGCCAGGGGCUGACGCCGCCGUUCCCGUGCAUGGAUGAGCUCCUCCUCGACGUGGAUUGCUCUAGCGGCGGCGUGCUCACCUGGCCGUUGGUGGUGAUCCAGGUCACGCGGCUCCUCUGCGGCGGCUUCGUCUUCGGCAUGCGCAUCAACCACGCCAUGUGCGACGCCACGGGAGUCUACCUGUUCAUGUCCGCCAUCGCCGACCUCGCCCGCGGGCUCCCCGCGCCGGCCGUCGCGCCUUCAUGGUCCCGCGGCCUCCUCGACGCGCCGCACAACAAGUACGACGUCACGCCGCCCCUGCCGUUCCCGGCCCACGGAAGCGACGACACCGUCAUGCGUUCAUUCGUCUUCCGGCUGGCCGACAUCGCGGCGCUGAAGAAACGCCUCCACGGUGCACCGGCCGCGUCGACGUUCGAGGUCCUCGCGGCGCUCCUCUGGCGCGCCCGCACGGUGGCGCUCGCGCUCCCUGCGGGCGAGGUCGCGCGGCUCGGCAUCAUCGCGAGCUUCAGGAGGAACGCCGCCCUGCGGCUCCCCACGGGAUACUACGGCAACGCGUGCGUGCCGCUCAGAGCGGCGGCGCCCGCCGACGACAUGGGCGGGAGCUCGCUGGGCGACGUGGUGGAGAUGAUACAGAAGGCUAAGGCAACCGCCGCGCACGUGAGGUCCGCGGCCAACAUGCUGGCGCUGCACGAGCCGCCGCCGUUCGACUCGCCCAACAUGUUCCUCCUCUCCGACCUCCGGCACGUCGGGUUCCACCGCGUGGACUUCGGGUGGGGCGAGCCGGUGUAUGGCGGGCCGUCUCAGGUGCAUCUCGGGGGGACGUUCUUCGUGGCCGUCAAGGACGGUGACGGGGAGGACGCCGUGGCCGUGCCGGUCAUGCUGCCGUGGACGGCCAUGGAGCGGUUCGCGGCAGAGAUCGAAACCUCGCUCCAGGCUUGAUUACACGCCUGAAAAAUAACAAGUCCAGUUUUUUCACAGAUCUCAUACUGCCUAGUAUGUCUGAACUUCACCCACACUCAUACCGCUUAUAUUUGAACUUCGGCCACACUCACACACAUACAAAUGAUUAAAGCUCUGAUGAUGACAAGAACUGGAAGUUCAGACAACAUCCACAUGCAAAGGGUGCAACUUAUAUAUCCUGCAACAUCUCUGAAGGAAAUAUCCUAGUUUUUAUCUUUAUCUUUACCUACUAAUAAAGCGGCUAUCGCUUCUGGUCAUCCGUCGUUAAAAUUACCCUCUACCCACCAAUGCCACCUGUAAGUGGAAAACGAUUCGUUUUUCGGACUAAAAAUCGCCGCCUCCCACGCUGUUUUAUAGCUGCGAGACGAGCAGUAGUCAAU